ACUAGUUGACAUAAAAAUAAUAAUAAAAUAACAAAAUAAACAAAAGUGAAAUAUUUAAAGAGCUAAAAGGCAGUGAGGUUGAUCAACAAAAAGAAAGAUAGCUUUCACAUACUCUUCCAAACGAAGACAAAGCCUUUUGGGAUCAUUCAACAAAGACAAAGAUGACUUCUCCAUCACCAUCUACCUUCAGACCAAAUUAAGUUCUUGAAUUCACAUAUAACAUAUACACACAUCUGUAGGUAGAUGAUGUUUGUUCUUACCAAGCUGAUUUAUUGUUCUUGCAGGUUAAAAGAUCAAGAGUAUAUGGAGCUUGUGUUUGAGAAUGGGCAGUUUCUUGCAAAGAGCCAAAGAUCCGAGGCCUUUUCUCUGGAGAAUCAACGUACCAAGUCGAUCGUGGAUUUGUACGAGGACGAGUAUAACGAGGAUUUCAUGAAGAGUAUUAUUCAUGGUGCUGAUAAGAAGCUACAGGUUUGUUCCAGAAACAUCAUGUUUUUUAUUGUUGCUGCAUAUGAAACGAAGAUGCUGAUGAAUCAUCACCUUAAUCUGGUUCAGAGUUUGAAAGCUUCUUCAUCAAAGAAGAUGGUGGUUGAUUAUGAGAACCGAAAGGACAACGAGUUCAUACCACCUGAUGAGCUAUCUGUGGUUGCUGAAAGGUCGGUUGAAUUGGGGUUUGACUCAACAGAUUUUACUGAAGAUAGUGAAGGGUCGACGUAUCUAAGCAGUAGUCUAGAUGAUGAGUCAGAUGAUCCGAGGCCACGAGUCCCUGCAAGAACAAGAAAAUCUUUGGUCAAGAGAAGACGAAGCAACAGCAACGAGCUUUAUAACUCAUCUGAAAAAAAGCAAAGAAGCGAUAUCAACAAGAAAAUGCGCAAGUUACAGAAUCUACUACCUAACUCUGGCAAGGACGAUAACGAAUCAACGUUGGAUGAAGCAAUUAACUAUAUGACGACCCUUCAACUUCAAGUUCAGAUGAUGACGAUGAGUAACAGAUUUGCUGCACCAGCAAUGAUGUUGCCUUUGGGUCCGCAUUACUCUCAGAUGGGUCUACCAACAUGUAUGCAAAUGGGCCUACCACAGUUUCUGCCUCCGCCUGUUCUAGGAUCUGGUGGUAACUCAGCAGAUAUGCUAAGGUUUCUUAACCAUCCCACUGGACUAAUAACGCCAAUGCAAAACUCUGCAUUGUUCACACCAAUGGGAAACUAUUUCCCUCCGUCAUGUGCUGCUUUCCCUAACCAAAUACAAAACUCCACCUCCUUGUCGAAUCUAGAUGACGCAACAACAGAUGGAGGAUCUCUCUCCGGUAAGAAAUAGGAUACACAGUGAGCAGAUGGUAGUUAACUGCUGAUUCGCCUAGACUUGUUAUUGUCCAAAUAAAAUGGUGAGAGCCAGCUGAAGUUGAACCACACAGAUCCAAAAGAGCACUACAAGACCAGAACAACUUAUCUACUCAAGUCUCUCUCUUUUUAGUGCCAGCUUUUCUAGUUCAUGUAACAUAUAGAGGAGAACAAUAAUCUAAAGUAAUUUUCUGGAUAUAUCUGUGUGAAUGAUGGAAGUCAUUCUAAUAUUAUGAAACAAGCUCCUGAGUUUAUACAUUA